UGAAGCCACAAGAGCGCGGUUUGUAGUUAGAGGUCAUGUUGCGGUUUGUGAAGCGCUGUAUGUCUUCCGAUGCAACAUAUAAAGGGGCCUACAAAGCUAGUGGUGCUUUUUGUGACCGCCCACAGAUAAUGAGGUUUGGUAUACUACGAUCUCUCGCUGUGGGAAUUCCUUUUAUAUUUAUCGGGUCAGUGAUUAGCAGGACAGGUGCUGAACUCCUGGAAGAGUAUGAUAUUUUCACACCACAGGAUGAUUAAUUACUAGCAUGCAAAGAUUGCAUGUGCUAGCACACACAGCUGCGACAGUUUUGCGUGCUCCAUUUGUUUCGUGGUACUUUAUAAUACCUUUUACUGUAAAUGAUGACCAGUAUUAUUACUGAUAUUUAUUUUCUGUAGCUUCAGCAAGAUGCAAUCUUUAAACGUAGCUGUCAAUUGAGAGGCCUCUGUAUUCUCUGUUAUAAGUUGUGGACGUUGUUGUACGAUUUUGUAGCGAUUGGUUGUUGAUGCUGAGUGACAUGACUCAUAGUCGUUCAUACUAAUGCAGAUACACUCACUCUUUAUCUUUUUUUUUACAACCACAGGCCCGAAUAUCCCUACGUACCUACUCUUUAUACUACUAUUAAUGCUUUUACUAGUUGUGUUAUGAGAUCUGUCUUCGUAUUUUCAAUAGGAACAGUUCAGCUUGCCGAUUUGGUGUAGCAAGCUGAACUGUCCCACAUAUGUACUAGAUUCUACGUUACAGAUGAAUUACUGUAAUGACUUCAGUGGUGUAUGUUAUGUAAUUUAUUCGAAGUAACAAUCUAAUCCAUUUGGUCGCUACACUGUCUUGACACAUAUUCGUUAUUUCAUAUUUAGUACUACAACCACCUAAAACUUGUUAUUAUCCAGGACGCUGCAGUUUGUUCUAGUUUCCAGAAAUUAGAUUUUUAACCGAUAUAUUUUGUUUCUAAUGUCUAGUAUACUUACCUUGCCAGGAAUAAAUUCAUUAAUAAAGUAUUUGCCGAACAGUUCUUGUUUUGCUUGAUGAUUAGUAUUAUAGUUUUCUGGGUCAAAUUGAUUUAUUCACGUUUUCGAACUAGGUACCUUCAAAUCAGUUGCAUUUAGAUACCAGACGGAGUUCCUUAUCAACUUACUAAGCUUCGCUUCUUUCCUCCAGUUAACAUAAGCUUUUCGGAUAUCAAUACCACGGAUAAACUUGGCAGUUUCAAAUAAGUAGAGCAUUGGGUAGAUAUGUUUUGUUGUAUCCCAACGAGUAGAAACAUUGUACUCCUGACAAUUCGUGACUUAAUGUAAGCCACUUCUCCAAAGUAAAUAAAUAGUCGACAUUAACACAACUUUUAAGCUUGUGUUAAUUUAAUUUUUAAAUAAUUGAUAAUCGCUAAACAGUGCUUCUGACGUACAAAAAACAGAAAUAAAACGUCAGUAAUAUUACAAAUACGAUCAGUAUUCUAGGAAAUAUAUGUAUUGCACAAAUGCAAUAAUCACAUUAGGCCUAACGGUUUUCAAUUGGGAGUACUUCCGAUUGUUACUUAUUUUUUACCGUACAAUUCUGAUAAGUCUUCAGUAUACUUUUAACCUAAUCAGAAAUAUAGUUUCCUCGAGUUACCAGUAAUCUGCUUCAAAGUAAUAUUCAUUUACGAGUUUUAAAUUUACUUAUUGGGUUCGGAAUAUUCAAUAAUUAAAACGUCUGCUUGAUCUGCGAUGAUGGCUUACAUGUUGCUUUAUCAGAUUCUGAAGUAGUUAAUUGUCGGCGGAUUUUGUUAGUUCCUGUAAACUGCCUUCAUUUAUUGAUGAACUGACAUUUCUCUUCAGAACAGUUUGAAUGAGGAUUACAAUAAAAUUACUAGAAGUUAGUAACACUCGACAUUCUUAUCCUACCUGUUCAGAUUUUUCUCACUGAAAUGAACUCUAUUGUCAGUUUUUCUUGUCGGCUAAAUGUCAUCCUCAUUGAUUUUUAAAUAAACAUGACAAAAUCAUUACCCAUGCGAAUUACUUCAGACCUGGUAUUACAAAAAUCUGUAGUGAUGUGAGGAUGACAGGAGUUAAAAGUUACCAUAACUUGAAUAGAUAAUCUACUAUAUCCCAUACUACAUAAAGUGUGGAUCCCUUAUCUAACGUGAAAAUGAUUUUUUCAUUUUUUGAUCCUAGGUACACGGAAUAAACACCAUAAGGUAGAUCAAAGUAUUGAGGAAAUAAUUUAAUCUGAAUUCUGGAUGUGGAAGGGUACGAGUCUAUCAGUAAGACGACCAUCAACUCAACUUUCAGUCAACGAUUCAAAUCAGUAGAUACAGCAAACUCAUUCACGACCACAACUCAAAAAUAAAUUGACACUCGUUUUGAGCAGUUGUGUUCAAAAUGUACUGGGAUAGAGAGAAACGAAAAUUGGUUUACGUACGUUGAUAGUUGUGCAACGUAAGUUGCCAACAAAAACGUUACUAUAGGAUUCUGAUGUAUACUACAACAGCUUGACAGAAGUGUUUUGACAAGAUAAUUUGUCAGGACUAACUAAUGUCUAUUGGUAAACUAUUGAUAUUCUGGUGGCACUGAGCAACUACCGUAUUCUAGUUUGAGUCUCUACAGAAGCCUAUUUUGAGUCAAACUAACAGCCCGAUUUCGCAGGUAGUAUUGUGCUAUUAAACCGCUAACUCGGAGUAUGCUCUUCUAUAUUGUCCAUUCCUAAUCAACUUGCAACCGAAUGUGAUAAUCAUCGGUGGUUGACUAUUUCAUUUUAUUCUUUUUAGCCACAUUGUUUAUCACGUGCUGCAUAUCUUAACUCUUUGUAGAAAAAAUAUGUAAAAUUUAUGUCUUCAUACAAAUUAUUUCGUAAGCUUCCUUAUUUCAAAUUAGGUCUGUUAUUCAUAUCAAUAAAUUAUCAUAUGCGAAUGUUAAUCACUAGUAAGUGAAUAAUAACAAAUAUGUUUUUGCGUGAAAACAUAAAGAAAUACUUUAUGUUGC